CUCUUUCUCUAUCCAUCUUUCAAAUUGACUCAACUCGUUCCAACUUUCUCUCUCUAAGUUGUCUUGUUCUCUUCCUCUCUCUCUAACAUUUCCAUCUUCGUCACACUUCCAAGCUCAAAGCUUUCGUCUUCAUAUAUAUCUUCCUCUGGAACCUCCAUUUACAUUUUCCUUAUAAUCACUUUUGCUUCUGUUGUUAUUUAUAUGCGUAGACGAGUUUCAUUUUUUUUUUCAAAAAAUUUGAAUUUGAAAGUUUGUUUUCCCUGCAUCGAAAGAAGCAUUUCAGCUGGAUUUUCAGAUCCGGAGCUUAAAGCUUCAGGAUUCCAGUACGCAGUCAUUUGUAUUUUAAAUUUAAAAGUUAGGGUUCUUGACAUUUAGGAUUUAGGCCUGUGCUUUGGGUUGCGUGAAUACAAUGUGUUUUUUUAGGGUUUAGGACUCCGGGCUUGUAAAACUGCUGGUACUGUUUGUUUGAGGCGAUGAAUCGGAGUUUCCGGGCACCGGAGAAGGUAAUGCCGGGAACAGCGGCUGUGAAGCAACGGCAACAGCAAAUGACGGGGAGUUUCAGGAAGUCUGUAAAAGAGAAAGAAGAGGAGCUAGGGUUGUUUUUGGAAAUGAGAAAACGAGAAAAAGAGCGAAAUAAUCUUCUUCAGAACUCAGAAGAGUUCGAUUCAUCACUUGGAUCAAUUGAAGGAUGUUCACCAAUGUUUGGUAUGCCUGCAGCCACACCAGCCAGAAAGACUGGUGCUGAUGAGUUUCUCAACUCUGAAAAUGAUAAAAAUGAUUAUGAUUGGCUUUUAACACCCCCUGGUACCCCUCUAUUUCCUUCACUGGAAUCGGAAUCACAGAAACCAGUCAUGGGUCAAAUUGGAACUCCUAAAGCUCGUCCCACUGCACUAAAAUCUCGUCUAUCAAAUACCCAUCCUCACCUUGAGACAAAUGGUAGGAAUAACAUGACACUAUCUAGACAACCACUGUCAUCUCCUGGAUUAAACACUUCAAGUGGUGGACCCCGUAGACCCACCUCCUCAAGUGGGCCCGGUUCAAGACCCGCCACCCCAACCGGAAGACCCGCCACCCCAACCGGAAGACCCACAUUGAGUGCACCAUCUAGACCCGGUUCAAAUUCAAAUUCAAAUUCGGUUCCCAAAACAACAACCAGACCUACAAGAUCUUCCACCCCUACACCCAGGUCUUCCACCAUGGGCCCAACCAAACCCACCCUACCUGCCAGAUCAUCCACCCCUACCCCCAGGUCUACCCCAAGAUCAUCAACCCCCACAAGGGGACCCACACCAAGGGCACCCACCCCAACUCGUAGACCACCACCCACACUAACAAAACCCGUCACAAAACCAGUUCCAAAUACAAGAAACGUGGGUGCACCACCACAACAACCACAACCACCACCACCACGUGCAAGUUCUCCAACUGUAAAAAGACCAUGGAAGCCUCAAGAAAUGCCUGGAUACACCCUCGAUGCACCACCAAAUUUAAGGACCUCGCUUUCCGACCGGCCGACCUCCGCCACCCGGGGGCGGCCGAUGGCGGUUAGCCGGUCAACAUCAGUGGAGCCGGUGGUCAACGGAAGGGUAAGAAGACAAUCUUGUUCACCUUCAAGAGGCCGCCUCCCUACGGGUGUGAGCCAUAUGAGUGGAAGCUCUGUUCCUGUCCCUGCAUUGAAUCGUGCAUAUGCUAAGGCAAAUGACAAUCUUAGCCCUGGUUUGUAUGGAACAAAAAUGGUGGAAAGGGUAAUUAACAUGAGGAAAUUGGUCCCACCUAAGAAAGACGACAAACAUUCGCCACAUAGUAAUUUGUCUGCCAAGUCAUCGUCUCCUGACAGCUCGGGUUUCGGGAGAUCACUAUCAAAGAAAUCACUAGAUAUGGCUAUUCGACAUAUGGAUAUAAGGCGGACAGUACCGGGAAAUUUGAGGCCGCUGAUGAGUAAUAUUCCGGCGUCGUCUAUGUACAGUGUGAGAGGAGGAGCGGGUCCCACGAGAAGUAGAACAAUGAGUGUUUGCGAUUCACCAAGUAGCAAUGGGAGCUCUGAAAUGAGUGUGAAUAAUAAUAAUAAUGGAGUGUGGUUGGAUGGGAAUAUUGAUGAUGAAAUCAGUAGUCUUGUUCGUGGGAGAUGAGGGAUUAUGAAAAUGUUAUUAUUAAUCGUGAUGAAGGUGUUCAUCUGGUGGUGAUUUUGCUAUAAUUUAUCUGGAUUAAGGUGUUUGUAUGGUUAAUUAUUAGAGAAUCUGUCUAAUUUGCUUACUUAACCCAUGAAUAUGAGAGAACUGGUGUCAUGUAAUUUAGUUAUUACUUGUUAGUUUUAUGGAAAGCUUUUGUCAGGGGUGUA